AUGGAAAAAUUUUUAAGUGGGCGUAAACAGGUAUUACACGAUGGUGAAGCAUCAACAAGUGCAUUGACGAGGGUGGUUCCAAAAAGCAAAUCGAGAAAAUAUUCUCAAGAAUACAUAAAAUUUGGAUUUACUAGUACGGAAGUAAAUGAAGAAGAAAGGCCUCUGUGUGUCAUUUGCUCAAAAAUUUUGGCAGCAGACAGCAUGAAGCCUAAUAAACUUAAACGCCAUUUGGAAACGCUUCAUAGCGAAUAUGUGAACAAACCUCCACAAUUUUUCGAAUUAAAAUUGAAAUCAUUUGAAAAGCAAAAAACAUUUUUUAAAAAAUCGUUGUCUGUACUUGAAAAAGCUUUACUUGCGUCGUACAAAGUUUCAUAUAGAAUAGCCAGAUGUAAGAAGCCGCAUACCAUUGGCGAAGAACUUAUUCUACCAGCUGCAAUUGAAAUUGUAGAAACUAUGUUUGGAGAUAAUUUUACCAAACAAUUACAGUCUAUACCUCUAUCAAAUGACACUGUUGCACGUCGAAUUAGCGAUAUAGCUAACGAUGUACAGCAUCAACUCUUUGAGAAAUUGCAUGAUAAAUUGUUUUCAAUUCAGCUUGAUGAGGCAACAGAUAGCAAUAAAGAUGCUCAUUUAAUUGCCUAUGUUCGAUUUUGUGCUGGUACGUCAGCAGUAGAAGAACUGCUUUUCUGCAAACCAAUAGAACUCAAAGCAACAGCACUUGCAUUAUUUGCUAUUUUAAAUGAUUUUGUAAACGAAGGAAACAUAGAAUGGAAAAACUGCGUCGGAAUAUGCACCGAUGGUGCUCGUGCAAUGUCUGGAAGAUUCCAAAGUAUGCAAACACUUGUGAAACAAAAAUCUCCACAAUGUGUAUGGACGCAUUGCAUGAUCCAUAGAGAAGCUUUGGCUUCCAAGGAAAUGAGUCCUGGUUUGAAUAUUGUGCUAACGACGGUUGUAACAACAGUAAAUGAUAUAAAAAUGAGACCUUUAAAAUCCAGAAUAUUUUCUGAACUUUGCAAAGACAUGGGUGCAGUACAUUCAUCGUUAUUAUUUUAUUGCGAGACGAGAUGGUUAUCACGGGGAAGAUUUUUGCAACGUGUUUAUGAAUUAAGAGAAGAAAUCGCCAUUUAUUUAGAAGAGGAACACCGACCGGAAGCCGAGAAGUUUCGAGAUUAUUUAUUUGUUAUGAAAUUGAGCUACUUGGUCGAUAUUUUCGAGAAAUUAAACAUUUUGAAUCUUCAACUCCAAGGAGCAAACACACAUAUGUUAGAUACUAGUGAUAAAGUUACUGCUUUUUGUAAAAAAUUGGAAUUGUGGAACAGAAAUGUAAAGCAAAAAAACCUAGAAAUGUUUCCAAACGUGGAUGAAUGUGUUAAAACUUACAAGGUUGAAGAACAACAUAUAAAAAUUGUUUUUGUAACCAUUGAAAAUCAUCUAGCCACGCUGGCAAAGAAUUUUAAAAAGUAUUUUUUUGCUGAUGAGAACUUGCUAGCAGGUUACGACUGGGUUAGGGAUCCAUUUCAAAACACUCCUGAUGGCCUCUCAACUGCUGAAGAAGAAAUCUUCAUAGACUUCACGGCAAGCGGCGAAAUCAAAAGACAAUUUAAUAACAAACCACUCUUUGAAUUUUGGGCAAGCUUGGAUAAUGAGUUCUCUGCGCUGAAAACAAGAGCGCUACGUAUACUACUACCAUUUUCAACAUCGUACCUUUGUGAAACUGGAUUUUCUGCGAUGGCUGCAAUGAAGACAAAAUAUAGAUCUCGACUGAAUGUAGAAAAAGAACUUAGAGUGUCAAUUUCUCAAAUUAAACCGCGUUUCGAAAACCUUUGUGCGGCUAAACAGGCUCAAGGGAGUCACUAA